GAAAAUUUUUCCUUCAUUUUCCCUCAAAAUAAAAUAAGAAACAGAGCUUUUGAAGAUUAAGGUGUCAUGAAUGACUGGCAUUUUCUCUCAUUUCUUCCUAGUAACCCCAUGGUCCCCAGCAGCAGACUUACACAUAAAACGCUUAAAUCAGAAUGGCAGUGUAGGAAUUUCACACACUUUUCAGGGGAGUUCCCUCCCACACUGAGAAAGCAGAACACUCAGAAUUCCAUAAACCCGCUAACCAUGGCCAUUACAGGAACCCAUCCUUGCCGCUUCCACUGUCGUGGGUUCUCCCCACAUUAUUCAGUAAAUGGAGCGGUGAUUGUGUCGGAGGCGUCAGUGGCAGAGUCUGGGUUCCUCGAGGGACCUCUGACUAGGGUGGAUUUGCGGGAUGGAUACACUGCGGUGAAGUGGGCUUCCGCAACCGAGUUUGUUACCGGUUGCUAUGGUUUUGGGAUUCAGUGGUGGGAUCAGAGGAGGACCGGUGGCCCAGUUACUCAGUUUAAGGGGAAUUGGUCUCAGGGCAAAACUUCUGGCAUUGUACACUCUGUUGACAUUCCUCCAUCAAGGAAGCACACUUGUCUUGCAGGAGGCUCUUCAAGAAUUGUAUUUGCCUUGGAUCUUCGGAUACCACAACAGCCCAUCAGUCUUUCUGGCACUGAGACAGGUGGGGCUACAAUCCAUUUAUUAUCUGAAAGCAAGGUUUGGGAAGUUCAGUAUGAUUGCUACAUGAGGUCUUCAAAUAUUAGCAACAUCUCAUCUUCAAGGAUCCUUUCUGUUAUGAUGUGUUCAGAAGGUGGUAUCCUUGCAGUCGUGGAACAAGGUGAAGAACCUAUCGAGCUUUUGGCAGAACCCUGUGCAAUCAACAGCUUUGACAUUGAUCGACAGAACCCUUCUGAUGUGAUAUGUAGCUUGGAGUGGGAGUCUAUAGCCAUCCUGACUAGGCCAGGAUAUCAAGAAAAGAACACGAAGAAUUGAAUCCAAAGCCAAAAUCUUUUGAACCGAUUCACUUAAGGAGGGAUCUUCUCCUGGCCAUGUGGUUCCAUAAUUGGAUGCAGUUGGUGUUGCACCCUUCAUGAAGGUGAAUGGAGCAACUUCCUUUCCUUUUUUUUUCCUUCGAUCUAUGUAACACUGAUGUUUAUAUAAUCUUGCAUGAGUGAAAACGGGAAUGGUGGAAUGGAUGAUAAUAUUAAUCAACCAGGGUUUUGUAG